AUGAAUAAAAAAACAAAUUUAGGGAAACGGGAGUUAGAAGAUAUCAUGAACAACCUGUCAGAUUUAUCCGAUCUUGACUCAGAUGAUGAUGCCUAUUACCAAACAGCCCCUGUAACCAGCCCGGCAGAUUACCAGAAUGAGUCUCAAGAUGUUAUUGUUGAAAGGCGUCUUGAAGAGUUGUUUGGUGUAUCUGAUAACUUGGAAGAAACUAUUGAAAGCCAAGAAAUAUAUUCAGUAGAAGCACUCACAGAUAUUUUAGAAAUAAAUAGUCCUAGACCUAUUGGUAGUGUGGGUGAGACAACAGGACAAUAUGAUGUUCUCCCAACAGAGGAAAAUAUUGCAACUUAUGAAGAAAGCUUUGUUAUGGAUUGCAACCAACGAGAAACUGAAAUAGAGCAAUGCUUAGAUGAUAUCCGUGAAGAACACUCCCACUAUACUCCAAUAUCUACAGAUGACUUAAGUGCAAGACCUUCAAGCAGUAAUGUUAUUGUAACAGAACCGGAUCGUCGCUCAAGAUCAAGCAGAACUAUGAAUACAGUAAGACAACCAAGGGAGUGGAAAAUUGAAACAGAGAUACACAAUGUUCCUGAAUUUACCAAUUCAAUUCAACCACAAUCAACAUAUAGUCAUAAAACGCAGCCUAUCGAUGUUUUUCAAAACUUUUUCCCAGAAUAUUUAGUACAAGUUCUAGUGGAACAAACAAAUAGAUAUGCGGUUCAGAAUAAAAGCAAUAAUUUUACACCAGUACUAUCAGAGGAAAUGAAAGCUUACCUUGGAAUAUUAAUAAUGAUAGGGUUAAACCCAUUGCCUGAUAUGGAGCUAUAUUGGUCUAAUGACCCUUUUUACAAUAAUGCAGAAAUUUCAAAAAUUAUGCCUAUCAAAAGAUUUAAAAAAAUAAUUGAAAAUUUACACAUAAAUGACAAUGAAAAAGAACCAAAUAGGAACUCACCGGAAUACGAUAAAAUGUACAAGUUGAGACCAAUGAUUCAAGAGCUUAAUAAAUUGUUCCAGCAGGAAACAGGUAAUUCAAGUAAACAAUCAAUAGAUGAAUGCAUGGUGAAGUUUAAAGGAAGAUCAUCUUUAAAGCAGUAUAUGCCAAAGAAGCCAAUCAAGCGUGGCUUCAAAAUCUGGGCACGUUGUGAUUCUGUAACCGGCUAUCUGUACCAGUUCGAAAUUUAUACCGGGAAAGGAGACAGUAUGGAAGACGAGGGACUGGGGUACAAUGUGGUUAAAAAGCUGUCAGCCGGCCUUCCUGAGAACACUCUGAUAGCGUUUGAUAACUUUUUCACUAGCUGUAACCUAAUGGAAGAUUUGUACUAA